CUCUGUUCAAAUUCCGGAUCAAUUAGUGAUUUUUUUAUUCAACCAGUGGAAUCAGGUGGAAUCGGUUUGGCUGUGCAAUAUUAUGCUAAAAAUAUUAAGAAACUGGAUUACACAUUAGUUUUCACAAUUAUGCCCGUAUGAGCCUCCCCCAUAUAUCACAAUGAAACACCUGCCACAGCAACCAAUGUUUUCCGUUUAGUCAUGCGGAAUCAAUUGCGUUUUGCUCCAAACCAGUGAACGUUGAACAUGACACAUGUGUGAAGAAAGAGAGCGCGUUCUUAUUGUUUCAUUAAGCGUUCUGAUUCGAAGAGAACAAUGAUGGAAACGCGCUCCGCGACUUACAAAAUGAUGAAAGAAGAAGCCAAUGAUGAGAGGCAGAUAACCGAUUGGCCACCACCAUUCUCAUCUGAAACCACACCAUAUAACGAGAAUGAUUUCGGCACUUUGAUCAGACGGACUUGCGAGAACAAGAGCUUGACUCUCCGAAUUUCUAAGGUGAUCGUCAUAGGCGACGUCGCCGUCGGCAAGACAUCGUUGGUGAACCGCUUCUGUCACAGGCUCUUCGACAACAAUUACAAGGCCACUAUCGGCGUGGAUUUCGAGGUGGAGAGAUUCGACAUCCUUGGCGUGCCUUUCCAUUUGCAGAUAUGGGAUACCGCGGGUCAAGAAAGGUUCAAGUGCAUAGCGGCGUCUUAUUAUCGCGGUGCUAAUGUAAUCAUGAUCAUUUUCGACUUGGGAAACUUGAUGUCGCUGAUGCAUUGCCAGCAAUGGUUGAACGAAGCAAGUCGCAGCAACGUUGGUUCUUAUCAUAUUUUUCUAGUCGGCGCUAAAAAAGAUCUAUUAACUCAUCCAGUAUACGAAAUAAUCGAAAAACGGGCGAUUGAAGCGGCGAGGAGAAUGCGAGCGGAAUAUUGGGCGGUCUCGUCGAGAACAGGUAACGGAGUGUUCGAAUUGUUUACACGGGUCGCCGCGCUCUCCUUUCAUGCGAUGGUUUUGCGGGAAAUGCAAAGUUUGAAACUCGAGCCGAUCAACAUCGGUUUGGGGACGAUAACUUUGAAAAAACACUCGAAGACCGAAAUGAAGCGACAGAGAAUGCCAAAGUGCUCCAAAUGUCCGACGUGACAGUGGAAUUGAUAAAUAUAUUUAAGAAUUAAAUUUGGGAAGAGUGCUAUCGA